UGUCAUGUUUGUAGGAGGUCUUUCUUUCCCUCCCUCCCUCUUUCUCUCUUCCUCUCUCUCUCUGACUGUAUGUCUCUCUCUCACUCUGUGCAUGAGCGGGUGUUACUGAACAUACAGUGAUUGUUAGUAAGAGCCAGUGAGGCAUCUGUAUUAUACCGGAGACUCAUUUAAAGAGAACCGAAGCAUACAAGUCGUACUAGGUCAGCUCACCUGAAGACUGAAAUCAUCUCUGAGAGUCAGACAUGGACUGUCACAAUGAGGAGUGCAGCCGGCCCCAGGAGGAGGAGGACAUUAUGGACAUCCCCCUGGAUGACCCCGAGGCCAACAGGGCUGCUGCCAAGAUCCAGGCUGGUUUCCGUGGGCACAUGACCCGUAAGAAGAUGAAGCCGGAGGACAAAGCGGAAGGGGAGGAGAGACCGGAGGACCGGGGACAGUAGAGGGAGAAGACGUCUGUGCCAGAGCAGUGACGCUGUCCUGAGCUGGAUGAAGAGAAAGAGGCGAAGCAAGGUAGCGAGGGAUGGCUGGCAUAAGAUUGCUGGGCUGGCUUUCAGGCACACCUUUCUAACCCGGAAGUCUUUUUCUUUUUCGAAACACAUUAGCAGUUAAAGAUGAACCGACAGUUUUGAGGGUGUGUGAUGUGAAAUUUGUGAACUUUAACACUCCUUCUCUGCUUCUUCAGCAGACUCAUCAGUAUGGAUGUCUUUGACCCAGAAUUUGCAACUCACUGCAUGUACUUGUGAAAUAUUCUGGUAGUGUGCUAGUUUUUAGAUGAUGUGAAAAUGAAUGUCCUCUAAAUGCUAAACGGGGCUUUUUUUGAUGGAUCAGUUCAUACCAUCUGUGUAUAAACCUUGUAUGCAUCAGCAUUAGACUUUGCAUAUUUAGUGGCUUAAAUUAUUAGAUAUUUUGCAUUGUUUACGAUGUGCUUGUAUCUUGACUAUCAUUUACCUAUUUGACUUGCUUACAAAAAUGAUUAAAACAUCAAAAGAGAAGCAGCUAUGUAUGUUCUAUUUACUCGCAGUGGCGUAAUUCAGAUUGCAUUUGCCUCGAUUAUCUUGUUCAAAAUAUAAAAUGGUUCUCUUUUCAACUUUUCAAGCAUUUUCUAUAAAUCUGAUCUUCCAGAACAGUAAGCAUGCCAUAAGUACACUUUUCUUUCUCCAGAUGCAUUUAGUUCAGCUUUACUUUCUGAGACAUUGCUUCAUAUGCUCUGUUGUUGUGUUGGUGGGUUUGAAUUGUUUGACAUAUGUUAAAUCAGAUGUGUGAAUCCCAUUAUCAAAGUCUGCAGAGCCGUUGUUCUUUAAAACUAAUCGAAUAGUACCUUGCUGAACUUUGUCAUGUCAUUACACAAAUAAAUCCAAUUAAAUAUA